AUGACGAUUAAAAAAUUGUGCUGCUGCAGUUUAAUUUGCUGGUGCUACUUCCUGCUCGGUAUCGAUGGGUUCUUCGGCCUCGUCAACACCGUGCAUUACUUGAAAAUCGAUUGGCUCGACCUCCGCAACACCACCGACAUUUUCAUGCCAACUUACGAAUGUCUGGGCUCGCUAAAACCGUUAGUGAUGGUCUAUGACAUCUCGUUACUGUUCAUCGUUAUCCUGGCCAUUGGCGGACUGUUGACACGAAAGUCUUGGCCACUGCUGCCGUAUAUGGUGGCCGCGGCCGUGCAAAUGGUGAGAAAUGGAACUUUUAUCUAUUUGACGCUACGAGGGACGCCGGAUUGUGACAGUUGGCUUCCCCUGCUCUUCGUGGAAACUGUCCUCUCAAUCGGAGCCUUUUUCGUCGUCUGGGGCACCCACCACAUGAUCCGUAAUGAGUAUCGUCAAGUACCCGAACUCCCGUCCGACUUCCAU